UAAAUUGAUGUUCAGUGAGACUUUACGUUUGAUUCAGCAGAAAGAGCAGGGGGUUUUUUUUUCAACAAAAAUUUCCUUGUCAGCAUGAAUCUGAGAUUGAUCUGAAUUAUAUUUACGCAUCAGUUGCAUUUUGGCACUUAAAUACGCAUCAUACUCUCUGCUUUAAAUCCGAUUAGUCUGCUGUGUGCUGUGUUCUGUCCUGCUGCAGUGAUGGAACGUCAUUUAAUGCAGCCACUAGUGCGGUGAUUAAACAGCAAUUUCUAAUCAAAUUACAUCUAAAGAUGGAGAUCGGUUUCACAGUCAGACUGCCUCUGUGUGUGUGUGUGUGUGUGUGUGAGACCAUUCUAAACUUAGAAAACUAAACAAGCUCCCACUUCAGUCAACUGCAGAGAAACCAUCAUGUCUUUCAUUAUGUCUGUUGUUUUUUUUGGAUUAAAGCAGCGUGCUCAUUAAUUCCUCGAUAGGGUUCGGGAAUCAGUUUUGGAAAUCGGAAAAAAUAUUAGCUUUACCAAGCCACACACGCUGGACCGAGGUCAGAUGAAGGGUGUGUACAGAAUCAGGGAUGGGUAUAAAAUCCAGCCGUCGUUAACAUAGUAAAAGUUAUGAUAGAAGAAUGUGAGAAUCAGAGACGUGUGAUUAUGAAUAUUAAUAUAGCUAAGAGAAAUAAACAGAUAUACACACUGAUCAGCUAUAACACUGAACACUGACCGGUGAAGUGAAUAAGACUGAGUAUCUCCUCAUCAUGGCACCUGUUAGUGGGUGGGAUAUAUUAGGCAGCAAGUCAACAUUUUGUCCUCAAAGUUGAUGUUAGAAGCAGGAAAAAUGGACAAGUGUAAGGAUUUGAGAGAGUUUGACCAAAAGGGCCAAAUUGUGAUGGCUAGACCACUGGAUCAGAGCAUCUCCAAAACUGCAGCUCUUGUGGGGUGUUCCCGGUCCAAGGAAGGAACAGUGGUGAACCGGUGAGAGGGUCAUGGACGGUCAAGGCUCAUUGAGGCACGUGGGGAGAGAAGGUUGGCCCAUGUGAUCCGAUCCAACAGAUGAGCUACUGUUGCUCAAAUUGCUGAAGAAGUUAAUGCUGGUUCUGAUAGAAAGGGGUCAGAAUACACAGUGCAGGACGGGUCAGGACUGUUUAGGCAGCAAAAGGAAGACCAACACAAUAUUAGACAGGUGGUCAAAAUGUUAUGCCUGAUCAGACUAAAGCUUAGCAUUCCCACUGUGGGUGUUUAAUCUUGUAGGUUCACCUCCUGAGUGUCAGCGAGGGCAGAGUUUAAUACAAUUAACCCAAAAUCUACUAACAUCGCAGCCGAGUAUUUUCUUCCAAGCACUAGAUGAAACCCAGGAUCCUGACAAGGAACCAUCUACCCAGACCCCAGCCUUUAAAAACCUGCACAUCUAUACAACAUCUUACAACCAAUGCAGUGUGACCACACACGUGCAGAGGAGCAUGAGAUGUGAGAGCUUUCAGGACUCUUCUCAGGAAUGGUGUAACCACACCUAAUGGAUCAUAAUGGCAUCAGUUAUAUUCCUGAUAUUUCCAACCAAUGACACUGAACCACAGUCUGACGUCACCAUGGAAUCAGACUCCUCCCUCAAUCUGAGCACAGUCAGUGAUCCGGCAUCCCUGGACGAAGUCUCAAACCAGUCCUGCGAUUUUCUCUCGCUCUCCAUCUCUCACUACCAGAAGACCCUCAUUCCUGUUGUUUACUUUCUAAUCUUCAUCCUGGGUUUCCUUGGGAACACACUAGCGGUGUGUGUGCUGGGGCAAAAGUCGCUGAGGUGCACCGUCGCUAACACGUACCUGUUGAAUCUGGCCCUGUCUGACCUCGUCUUUCUUAUUGGGCUUCCAUUCUGGGCAGUGCAUUACCUCCGGGAUUAUGACUGGCCAUUCGGAUGGUUCAUGUGCAAGCUGUGCAGCUCUUUGACCUCGCUAAACACCUACGCUAGCAUCUACUUCAUCAUGGGAAUGAGCAUCGAUCGCUACCGCGUCAUCGUCUACCCUCUGCAGUCGCACUGCACCGAGAGUGUGUAUCACGCCAGGACCGUGUUUCACGCCAGGUGUGUGUGUGCCGUGAUCUGGAUCCUAGCGACUCUCACAACCAUUCCGGCGCUUGUUUUCCGGGAAACGCAUCACUCUGUCGAGUAUAAUAUCACAGCCUGCGUGAUGAAAUACCCGAACAGGCACUGGCACGGGAUGCUAACGCUCGCUAAGAACACCUUUGGCUUUCUGAUCCCUUUUAUAGUCAUAGUAACGUGCUACAGCCGAAUCAGGUGUCACUUGUUAGCGUCCCCGGAGUUGGUGGAACCUGAUCCGUCACGUCUGGAGCGUGUGCGCCGCGUCGCAUUGGCCAUAGUCACGGCGUUCUUCCUCUGCUGGUUCCCAUUUCACACGCUGUCCUUCAUGGGUGUGUUGCAGGAGCUCGGCGUGAACUGGAGCUGUAACGUCCAGCAGGUGAUGGCCGUCAUGUUCGCUCCCGCGCUCUGCCUUGGCUUUGCCAACUCCGCCAUCAACCCACUGCUCUACUGCUUUGUGGGGAACCGAUUUCGCCAGCAGCUGCGCCGCCUCUGGGAGGCUAAAGUCCAGAAGAUGGGAAAGCAGAGGAGUGACUCUGUCAGCAUGCAGAUCAGCUCCUUCUCACGAAAACUCAGCGACACCAAAGAUACAAUGGCUUCUGUUACUAUUUAAACACCACACAGGAUGGAACUUCAAGCUAAAGGUCAUGCUGUUAACGACCGAGGCUAAUGCUUUAGCCAGCUAGCAGAGAUGUGACUGUCUCUAAUACGGACACUUUUAAAGGAAGGUGACAGCAACCAUGAAAAUGACCAAAAAUCUCAACAUGUUUCUCGGAUAUUUUGGAAACCUUCAUGAUGACACCACACCAAACAUCUGCAGGUUCAGCUAGGAAGAAGUGAACCCCAGAAGAAAGUGAACUCACGAUCAGGACAAAAUCAACACAAAAUACUGACCUCUACCACCCUAGCCACCCCUUCAUCCCCCUAACCACUCCGGCUCCACUGACCCCAUCCUCCCCCUAAACCCCUCCUGCCCCCACCUGCCCCUUCCUCCCCCUAACCACUUCUGCCACAACUGCCCCUUCCUCCCCCUUCCUCCCCCUAACCCCUCCUUCCCUGCCCACCCCCUUCCUCCCCCUCCAACACAUAAAGGACAGAUGUGAAAUGUGCAUGUACUUGUAAACACUAACUUUCGAGUCUCAUCUCUGUUACUCAUCAUGGUGGUCUCUAGAGGUGUGGAGGACAAACUGCAAUACUGCCCCAUGCAGAACAGGAGUGGACGCUUAACUCUCAUUGGUUUAGAGUAUCACACAGAUCUAGAUAUAUCUUUCCUCAUGAAUUGAUGUGAAAGUAAUCUAAGUGUAUUCUUGUACUGGACUGAAAAUGGUUCUUAUUUAAGCUAGCAGCCAACGUAGUGCACUAAAAUCCAGAUAAGAGUUAUUUAAGACACAAAAACAUAUAUAGAAAAAUAUCUAAAUAUAUAAAGGUUGCAAUGUUUCAUUUCCUUUUUUUAAUGAUUGAAAUUAUAACCUGAAUCUAUUUAGCAUGUAUCACGCACACUAGCAUUUCAGGGAAGAGAUGUUCUGCUAAAUCAUGCUAAUGUUUAGAAUGGUGCUUGUUCUUCAGUAAAAGCUGUGUAGAACUCAAUAAAGAAGAAGAAGAAGAAGAAGAAGAAGAAGCUUUUAUUAUCCCCACAUAUACAUUACAGCACAGUGGAAUUCUUGUCUUCGCCUAUCCCAGCUGAGGAAGUAGAGAGGGUUAAUGGCCUUGCUCAAUUGUCCAGUAGAGGCAGCUUGGUGAUGCUCGAACCCCGAUCUUCUGAUCAACAACCCAGAACCUUGACCACUUGGGCUACCACUGCCCCUGUAAAAAAAUGAUAAUAAAGGUACAAAGAAAAACACUGCACUACUGGAGUCUCUGUAGGUUAGAAGGAUGUUAGCUAGCUGAGUGAUGGGGUUGACACUCAGGUAAGAGCAGGAGUCGUGUGUUCACUCCUCCACUCAUUCACUCGUCCACUCUUCCACUCACUCACUCAUUUACUCAUUCACUCGUCCACUCAUCUACUGCUCUACUUGUUCACUCGUCCACUCCUCCACUUGUCCACUCAUUCACUCAUCCAUUUGUCCACUCAUUCACUCAUCCACUCGUUCACUUGUCCACUCCUCCACUCAUUCACUCGUCCACUCUUCCACUUGUCCACUCAUUCACUCAUCCACUCCUCCACUCGUUCACUUGUCCACUCCUCCACUUCUCCACUCAUUCACUCAUCCACUCUUCCACUUGUCCACUCAUUCACUCAUUUACUCGUUCAGUCGUCCACUCCUCCACUUGUUCACUCGUCCACUCCUCCACUCGUUCACUCAUCCACUCCUCCACUCGUUCACUUGUCCACUCGUCCGCUCAUUCACUUGUCCACUCUUCCACUCGUCCACACAGGCAUCUGAUACUUGAGCAUUCUGUUUGGACAGAACGAUUACACGGGCCGUGCAGUGCCUGGGGCCGCUAAGCUUAGGAGAAUGUUAGCAAUGUUACAACAUUACACAGAAUGCAUUACAUCAUCGACCACAACUAGUGUACACACACACACACACACACACACACACACACAGCGCAGAUAAGACCUCUCUGUAAUAAUAAUCGGUGUUUUAUAGACAGAUUUAAUGGUUUUGGGCUGCUUUUCUUGGCUGAUCUGCUGGCAGUGUGUGUGUGUGUGUGUGUGUGUGUGUGUGUGUUUGUGUGUUUGUGUGUGUGUGUGUUUUCUUUUAGUCCUAGUAUUAACCCUUUGUGGCAACAGUUUCUGGACAAACAAAAAAACAAACACCACUAAUAUGCUAUGUUGUAUAAUAUGAUACAGUGUAGAUUUUAAAUGAAUUUUAAUAAAAGAGUAUAAAGUAUAAAUAAUAUUAUAUAAUAUAAUAAAAUUUUUUUGCUGUAAAAAAACCCAUCUUUUUAUGUGAAUUUUUUUUAAAAAGUUGGAUUUCUGAUUGUCGUAAAGAGGUUUCUGAACAGACGACUGACAUACUGUGCAUGUUCUCGUUACAUCUAACACACACACACACACACACACACAGUUAUUAACAAAACCACAUACAAACACUUGAAUUAAACAGAAAUCUCCCUAACCCCGCCUCCGUAACACAGUAGUGCAGUCCAGCUCGGAGACUUUCAGCUGGUGGAUUAGAGACUUUGCGAAUCGUCUACAUCCUGAUCACACUGUGAGACGAGCUUCUGCUCCACUGCAGCUUCACAAACACUGAAGAAACGAAGAGUUUAAGCACAUGCUGAGUGGAGUGUGUGUGUGUGUGUGUAUGCUUAAAGUAAUGCUGUAACUCAAUAAUCCAGAGCUCUGUAACAAAGUAUUAUUCAUUUUAUAAUCCAUUUUUAUUUAAAACGAUAAAUAAAAAUAUUACACCAAAACAGUGCUAAAUUC